UUCGCUUCGUCUCCUCCGUGACUGUGAGGCGACUUGGCCCACGACGACGCGUUUAGCUUCGGAAGGAAAUGGACGUGAAGUGAAAUAGGAAAAAGCAAAUAAGAGUCGUCAUACGAUUGAACAGGUUUUUCCCCGUGAGGACGUUGGAACUUGUAUUCCUCCUCCCUGUUCAUCUCCCGUCAUUCUUGUCUUUACCCUUCACCCCUCUCCCCUCUCCCCUCUCCUCUGACCCCUCUCCCCUCUCCUCUGACCCCUCUCCUCUCACCCCUCCUCUCCAAACACUCCCCGUCAUCCUGACCUACAAACUGCAACUAUCAUACCUUCUUGCUUCAAUUCCCUUCUUAACUAUUGUACAGUCUUAGGGAAUUUUCUAUCCCACAUCCUCUGACCCUUUCCGUCUCCAGCACCGAGUAACCUCUCACUCCUCUGAGUCCCAGAUCCCCCUCCCUCCCUCCUGUUCCCUGCCCCUCCCUCCCUUCUGCUCCCUGCCCCACCCCCACCCCCUUCCCCUCCUCUCCCCCCCUGCUGCAAGUCCUUUCCCCGGAUCCGACUCGCGCGAUGUUAAGAAGGUGCAACUCCGAUGACUUUGGCGGGAGGCAGUGGUCGUCCCUGGCCGUCCUGCCCUCAACGAUGCUGCCCCGCGCCCAUUACGCCCGCAGGAGGUCGUCCUCACACACCCUCCAGCACCCCCGCCGCAGCGCGUCGUCCUCGUUCUCGUCGUCGUCGUCCUCGUCUUCGUCGAAGUCGUCGACCUUGAAGGCGAGUUCCCGAGAGGUCCACAUGAGAGCUCUGAGUGAGCUCCAGAGUGCUGCCUCCCGUCUGCCACACCCAGGUGAGUGCCCCCUUUCCGUCCCUCGCAGAAGGCGUCGCAAGGGUUGA